ACGUUUUUGGCAUGAAGAACGCCAUCGAAGUCUGUUGUUAUUUUGCAAGUGGAAGUGGGAGCACAGUAGACCCUCGAGAAUAAUAACUCAAAUCGGGUUUAUUAGGAAAAGUAAAAGGAAUUUCGAACUAAUAUCGAACUCUGAAUUAACGAAAGUCGCAUACAUAUUUGUGAGUACAUCCAAACAUAUGUAUGUACAUAUGUGUAUAAGAAUGCGGAGAGCACUCAACGCUGCCAUUUUGAUGCCUGCAUGAUGAUUUCUGAAGAAAUACUAUUAGAUAUUCAACCACAUGUCAUUACCCAAUCGGACCGAACUGGAUUUCCAAUAUUUUCUAAGCCACUUGCUCACGGCGGCUUUAGCUUAUCGCCGGAUGGAAAAUUUGAGAAAAAUAGUAAUCGAUUGCGCUACCUAGUCGUUCCGCAAAUGGGCAAAAUUCAAUUGCACCUGGGGGACUCGGAGGCUAAAUGUCCACGAAAGUUCAACUUAUUGCAGCCAAGCUUGGACAAUAUACUAUUGUUUAUGGAGUGCAAUGGAACAAACUUUCUAAAUGCCAAGGAUCGACUGAAUACGCAAGUUGAUUAUGAUAUCGUGUGCAGCAGCGAGGUUCUGGAACUAAUCUUGAGGACGCCCUACGAAAUGGAGGAGAGUUGGACCCUCGCCGUGUCCAAGUAUCGCAACACCAUUUACAUCAGCCCCGUAGUUCUAACGGAACCAAAAACUUCUCCCAUGAAGGAAAUGAAAGCUGAAUGGAUCGAAAAGCUGCGCAGGCACUUCCUAUCCGAGAAUGAACAUACGUUGCCGGAGCCACGCGACCCACGCGAACCGACUGGACAAUACAACGGAGUGUUUUCCUUCAGCAUAAAUGGCAAGCGUUUUAUUUUCGAUGCACCAGUUCUGGCCGAGUGUGCCAUCCCAAAGAAGCCCAACGACGUGAACACAAUGCCAGAAUCGAAUUACAUUUUUACGGAGCUGCAGAUUCGCCCAGACAAUAUGAGCGUUGACGAAUGGACUACGCACAACCGGAGCGAGGCCCUCAAGUGGUGGAUCAAGUGCUUCAUAGUGGGCAUCCAAAAUGUUCACGUUGCUUAUGUUAAUAGCCACAUCAUCGCGCACACCAUUAAGAAGGUAUCUGCGCGCCAAAUUUGGAAAGAUUGCGAUAAGGUCUGGUCACCGCAUGUCUGUGUCAAUUUCUUGGCGCGGCUGGUGGACCAGAUUCGCUGCUUUAUGUCGCCAGUCGAUUGCCACAGGACCGUGUAUCUGUUGACGUUCGAUGCUACCCAGGGGAAGAUCUCCUACAAAUCAUAUCCAGGCAGGAGCCAGUUUACAUUCAUUCCCGAUUGGUUUCGCAUCAUGUUGGACGAGCGCAAACAGGACCUCUUCGCCACAGCUAUUGGAUUGUAAUAAAUGAAAUACUUAAUAUCAUUCGAUUGGUUGAGUAGAUAAAUGAAGUUUUAAGUUUAUUGUGACAUCUUCAUGGGUUCCAUGGGAUUAAUGGGGGUUUUGUGUUCAUCUGCGUUAUCAUCACUAUUAUAUAAUUUAAUACAAUUGUCCCAUCAAGAGUUUGAAGAGAAUGCAUUCGAUUUUACAAAAAUAUGGAAAUGCUAGUUAGACCGCUACUACAGCACACCACAUUAGCGAUGCAGUUAGCAGUAAGAGUUAAGAUCUUAAGAUUAGAGCUUAGAGCUCGGUCUUCUUGGGCCUGCCGUCACGGUCGAAGUUCUUCAGUUCUGUGGUCGCCUCCUUGGCAAUGUAUUUGAUGAAAUCAUCGACCUCGCGACCACCGUUGUAGCUCACUGGGCUGUUCUUCGAGUCCUUGGGCAACCAGAAGAGUGUGGGGAAGCCGCGCACAUUGAACUCUGGUGGCACAUCGUUGGCCGUGGCAUCCAUUUUGACAAUGACCACAUCCUCGUCCUGCAGCUUCUCGGCCAGCUCCUCGUAGAUGGGAGUCAGCUUCUUGCAGUGGCCGCACCAUGGGGCAUAGAACUCAAUGAGCGUGUCCUUGCCGUUGUUGAUCACAAGAUCGUCAAAGUUCUUGGCCACAGCCACCUUAACUGGGGUAUCGUUUGACUCUGGGACGGCCUCGCUCUUCACAUAUGGCUCCAGUUCGCCGGCCAACAGCUUCUCCACAAAAUCUUGCAGGUUCUCUACGGAGAACUCAUCCUUCAGGGAGUACUUGAGAUUCUUGCCAUCACGGGCCAAAACGACGGGCUUGUCGCCAACAAAAUCGUAGCCAUAUUCGUUCAAUUCGUGUUGGAAGUCAUCCUUGGAGCUGAUGGCAAAGCUAAUCUGGCCGGCAAACUCCUUGGCCACCUUCAGGACACGGUUGCGCCAGUAGUUGGUGCCCUUGGGGUUCUUCUGGUAGUCGACGCUGUAGUAGGCGGUGAUCAGAGGGUUCUGGAAGUCGCGCGACGUGUCCUGGGUACGAUGACCAACCAAGCCAUGGCUGC